CCCAUCGCUAAGCCUAUCGAUACUUGUAUAGCUCUUCGCCGCGUUUGCUGCCUCGCAGAAGGAAAAUAAAAAUUAACGCAGGAGCGCAAAAAGCGGAAAAUAGAGUUUAACGGAACCAACGGGAUUGCAAAGUCCCGAACUUACCGUCAGACAGCAAGCAACCAAAGAGAGCCACCACCAAUUCUUUUUAGUCCAGAAUCCAAUCCCGCAGAGGAGCAAAGUUUCCAAUAAGCAAGCAUACAUAAAUGGUUUCUACUUUCAUUGGCCUAUUGGACAUUCAAUCAUGGUGGGAGAUACCGUGUAUUUCGCAUUUCUGUUCAUUGUUUAGUUCCGCCUUUGAUCUUCCCGACAUCGAUAUCGAGGACCUCGAAUCGGCGCUGCUCUCCGAUGGUACCAGCGAUGAGGAUCAGGUUGCCCUAGUGCCCGAGUUAAUUGUGCGCCUGCUGAAGGGUUGCGAUGCGCUACAGUCGGUAGCCAAGGAAAUCACACACAGCAACUAUCAGAUGUUCUUGCGUCGCUUCCUGCGCCAACAGUGUCGCCUGCACCAGACCGAGAACCACUUCGACACGGACGUUGACUUCCAGUCGCUGCCCGUGCGCAAGCGCCUGCACAUCCUGCACGACCUGUGCCAUUUCCGCCUCGACUCGGCCGAUGUGCAGGUCAUUCUCAGCAACUUAGAGGCGGACAGUCUGCGCGUGGAGCCCCUCGGCUACGACGCAAAGAACUCCGGCUACUGGUACUUCUACGGCACGCGCCUCUAUCGUGAGGACAAGGCCACUGGAGCAGCAGCAUCUGGCUCGUCUGGAUCUGGAUCUGGGGCUGUGGGCGGAGCAGCGUUCACUUCAGCGGGUGGAGCUGGUAGCAAGGGCACCGUCUGGCAGGUCAUCUGCUUUACCGAGGAGGAUUGGCAGAAUUUGGCGGCCAAGUUCAAGACCUCCACCAACGCCAAGGAGCGCGAACUAUUCCAGAUACUUGAUGAGAACUUUUUGCCCAAGCUGCCGCAGCUUUUCCGUGAGCGUGAGCGUUUGAGGCGCAGGAAACUCCUGCAAGUGCGCAACUCCAGCCGUAUUCGCAACCUUGCCGAGCUAAAGGCGCGCCAGGAAGAGGAGCGCCAGCGUCGCGAGCGUGAGAAUCUCUACCAGGAACGGCAGAACGCUAACUGGGUAGCACUGCCGGCGCAGCAGCAGCAGCAGCAGCCGCAGCAACAGCAACAGCAGACCCAACGCACACGCAGACGAUCGCAAUCGACUUCAACGGCUAGCGGUAUUUCCACAUACGCAAGCUCCCUGAGACGAACAACCACAACUAAUUCGAGCGAAUUUCUGUGCCACAGGGAAACCUUCUGCCUCACGCCAGAAAACGAAGACGAGGAGGCGCCAGAAAACGACGACGAGGAGCAGCAGAACCCCGAGCAGCCGCAGGAACCAGAGCCAGAGCACCGGGAGGAGGAGCACCAGGAGGAAUCACUAGCGGCUUCAGCAAGCGGCAACGAUUUUCGGUCACCCCAAACGCCUCCGGAAUUAAAGAGCAAGAGCCACCAUCACCGUCAUCAUCAUCAACACCACCACCACCACCACAAGAAGAAAAAGUCGGGUAAGAAGCAGAAGAAGCGCCAUCGGGAGAGAGAUCGCGACAGAGAUCAUCACCAUCACCAUCGCCGGCGACACAAGCAUGCCUCAGAGGCCGACGAACCGGAGGACGACAACAACAACCACAACCACAAUAGCAACAGCAAUAGCAACACAAACAGCAGUGCCAGCAGCCGACGACGCUGUGGCCACCAGCAGCAGCAACAGCAGCAGCAGCCAGAGUCCAGCCAGGCACCACAAACCUCUCUAAGUCCCGAGGACAAGGAGAACUUCUGUAGGCAGCUUCAGCUCCUGGACACCAACUCGGCUGCCAUUGCUGUUGCCACGAGCAUCGCUGAUCUUGACUUGCCCUCGCCGUUGGCACAUGACAGCGAAGUCGAGGAGGCCGAGGAGCAGCACCAGCAGCAACCACCAGAAACCCCAGCACCAUCCGUAGUAGCUGCCUCAAUGGCGCCAGCGGCGAAUGUAAAACUGCCGGGCCGGCAGACAAACAAUUCCCUCAGUUCGCUGACGGGCAACAUCUUCAUACCGGCAGGAAGUAGCCAGCCGGCGCAGCAGCAACAGUCACAGCAGGAGCAACAGGCACAGAGCAGCAGUAGCACCAGCAACAGCAGCAACACCAACAGCGCCGCCAGCACAGUGCGGUCCAAGAAGCAGAAGGCCGUCCUGAACAGCAGCAAGGCGGCGGACAAGGCGGAGCGCAGCCUCAGCAAAGCGGAGGCGGCGGGAAAAUCGAAGAAGUCCACGGCUGGGUCCUCUGCGUCCUCGUCCUCGAGCAAAGCAGAGCGCCAGAGCGGAGCCUACUCGGACAAGAGCGGCGAUGACCAUGUAAAUAGUAGCAACCGUAGCACCACCACCACCAACAACAACAGCAGCCUUAACAACAACAACAACCAUAAGCACAACAACAACAACAACAACAGCCAGUCAACGACGGCAGCAGCAACAACAUCAACAGCAACGUCGCACGGAUAUCAUAAUAAUUCGAAUCAUAAUCAAAAUAGUCAUCACCACCAUAACCACUACCACCAUCAUCACCACCAUCAUUCCACUAACCAUAACAGUAAUAAACACAAAUCCAAAUCGCACCACUCCCUAACCCACCACAACCACAACCACAACAACAACAACAACCACACCUCAGCAACACCAGAAACGACAGCAAACACACCAAACAACCACUCAACGUACAACUCCUCCUCAAAUCAUGCGAAUAUUCUUAGCUUCACCGAAACGGAGGAGGUCCUGCAGAUCGGGAUGCACAAGGUGCUCGUCUACGUCAAGAACCACAGAGAUGCCUGGCCGUUUAUGGAUCCCGUUGAAGAGGAUAUAGCACCUCGCUACUACUCGAUCAUCCGAAGACCCAUGGACUUGCUGAAGAUGGAGGACAAGCUGGACAGUGGAGAGUAUCACAAGUUCAGUGAAUUUCGUAAUGACUUUCGCUUGAUUGUAAACAACUGCAGGUUGUACAAUGGGCACAACAAUGGUAAUGAGUACACGGAGAUGGUCAACAAUCUGCAGGAUGCUUUCGAGAAGGCCACUAAGAAGUACUUCGAUAAUCUGUCCGACGACGACGACGACGAUCCGAACCUCAGCUACCCCGCCGCCGAUUCCAAGAUGAAUGUCUUUCGGGAGAAGUACUUCAGCAAGAAGACCAAAGAGGAGGCGGAAAAGGACGUGGUGGGCCGGCCGGAGAGCAGCCCCGAGGAAGAUCAGAGCGACAUCGGGGAGGAAGCCGCCCAGAAGGUCCAGAAACGCAAGCGCAAGGAGAAGGACAAACGGCGCAAAAAGAAAACCAAGAGCAAGGCGGACCUCGACACCGAUGACGAGGACAUGGAGGCGGAGAGGGAACCCACUCCGCCAACUCCGCCUGUUCUCAGCAAGAAAAGCAAAGCGGGUAAAUUGGCAAAGGAUAAGGAGAAGGAUAAGGACAAGGAGAAGGAGAAAGAAAAGGAGAAAGACAAAGAAAAGGACAAAGAGAAAGACAAGGAUAAGGACUCGUCCUCGUCCAAGCGAGGCCGCAAGCUGAAAGGCGAAAAGUCCUCCAGCAAGCCGGGAAAGCAACAGCAAAAGACCAAAAAGGGGGCCAAGAAGUCUUCUCACGGAACGGAACCCGAAUCUGACCUAGACUCUGGUCCCAGCGACGACUCCAGCGACGACGAACACCUGUCCCUGGUCAAGACCAAGUCCCUCAUGAAGCCCACUGCGCGGACGAUUGCGGCGCAGAAGAAGAAGUCUGUGCCCGCGGAAUCGAAGGUGAAAACAUCGCCGACAAAGCGGCAGGCGAAGGGGAAGUCCAAAGCUGCGCGCAAGGCGAAGGAGGACUCGGCGGAGAGUGACAUAUCCGACGUGGAUGUGAAGAAGCAACUGCCGCCAACUGCGGCAGCGGCGCUGGCCGAGUCGGCCGCCGAGCUGGAGGAUGACGACGAAGACGUACGUGGUGCGGACGGGGACGAGGAUGACUCGCGAUCGCGCAGCAUGUCGCCCUUCAAGGUUGAUCUCCACAAGAAAUACUCAAAAAGUGCCCUUAACGAUGAUCUCUCCGAGCUGUUGACUACCGUGAAGAAGGUGCCCAGGCAUAAGGAAGAUGACGAAGACGCGGACCGAGUCCGCGACGCUGACGGCGAUUUUAAAUCUCUUAACAACAGUAGGGCCAGCUCCCCAGAGCAUGCUGCUCCCAUUUCCAAGAAGGGAAAGAAGGGAGAAAGUUCAAAAAAAGAAAAGGAAAAGGAUAAAAAGAGCCAAGAAAGGAAUAAAGACAAAAGCAAAGAUAAGGAUAAGGAAAAGGAGAAGGAUAAGUCCCGGAAGAAGGGCAAGGAGGAGUCGGCCUUGUCGGCAGCAGCUGCGGCGGCCGCCGCCGAGCAGGCGGAACUGGAGAUGCUGCUGCCAUUCAUGGACAAGUACGACGUGAUUAAGUACCGACGAAGUCGCGCCUCCAACUCGCUAGCUCCCGCCGAGGACACCAAACCGGCCAGCACCAAAAACUCCAGGGAGACCAAAAAGACAUCAACGAAAAGGGAGAGGUCCCCGGCGGAACCGGCGGAGCCUAAGCGCAGCAGGAAGAGCAAGGACCAAAAGCGAUCGAAGGAGCAGUCGGAAAAGCCGGAAAAACCGGAGAAGGCGUCGAAAACAGAUUCCGAGAAGCACAGCGAGAAAUCAAAAAAGAAAGAGGAGCAAUCGAAAGAGAAGGCGGAAAAGCCAGUGAAGGAGAAGCCAGCAAAGGAGAAGUCACCACCGCCUCCCUUGAUAUCGGAAUCAGUCAAGGAACUAUCAGCCCCUACGCCGGCAGCUUCCACCCCAGCGAGUAAAUCGAAGGAGGCGCCCGGCAAAGCUGCUCCCAAGAAAAGGCCCGACAAGCAAAUGCCUCCGCCUCCGAAGCCGGCCGACAAGCCACCGGAGAAGGGCACCGGCAAGAAGGCGGCCAACAAGAAGGCUGCCCAGAAGGCAGGCCAGCCGCAGACCAACAACAACACUAACCUGGCGGCCCUCGAUGUGGAAACGGAGCAGACGCUGAAGGACAUAAACCGCUGGCUGGAGCACACGCCGCGCUUCACGGAGUUCAGUUCGGCUAGCAACUCCCCGUCCCGCUACACUCUCCUGGACGACUUCGACUCUGGAAUCGGCAAUAAGCUGGAUGCAGCGGACUUCAGAAGACCAGUGGCCCUGGCCGCGUCAAAGGCCGAGCUGGUGCCAACCAAGCUGGCCGAGGCACUCAACGAGUUGGUGAGCGAUCCCAAGGAACCGGUCAUCAAGUCCGAGUCCGAAUCGGCGGCUCCAACGGCCAGCAGUGUGAGCAGCAGCUGCGGAACUCCGCCACAUUCGAUGCACUCCGGAAACUCCAUUGGCAGCACAUCUGCCACGGCUGCUUCCAGCUCGAGUUGCUCCAUCAACUCGAUGGCCACUCCCCUGCCGAUAGCGAACACUCCCACGCCAACGCCACCGCCACCACCUCUCAUGCCCCUGUCGAAGCCCAAGGAGCACGGUACCACGCAGCUGCUCCUGAACCCGCCACCUCCGCCGCACAUCAAGCAGCAGAUGGCCAAGGAGGCGAAGCGGAAGUCCUUGAAAGAAAAGCAGGCGGCCCAAGCGGCGCAGGCCCAGCAGGUGAAGGCCAAGGGCAAUAUAAUGAGGACCAUCGAGAGGCUCCAGCCCGGCAAGGCGAAGGGGAAUCUUAUCCAAAACGUCGUGGCGGGGAAAGCAACCGAAGAGAGCAGCGACUCGAAUGUUGGCGCCAACUCAGUCAAGGAACCAAAGAACGCCCUGAUCACGGAAACAAGCGACGGCGCUCCGAAGCUCAGUCUGGGCACCGUAAUCAAGACCCAGGACUUUGCCUUGGGGAAGACGCUGGAGGAGCUGGCGGGCAAGAAGUCCCAAGACGAAGACGAGAGUCCCAGUGAGGAGGUGAAGCCAGAGGAGUCUUCGGCACCAACAACUCCGAACAAGGACCCCCCGAAACCCUUCGAAGCUCUGCUGGAACUAAGUAAAGUCGCCAAAUCCUCAGAGGCGCCGAAAUCGGAAGCAGGUCAAAAGGAGAAGCCCAAUCUCAGCGCCUGGCUCAAGGCCUUCGGUGGCCCGAAGGUGAGCAAGAAGUCCGAGGACGAGGAGAAGCAACAGUCCAGCCUGCAGGACUCGAACAGCGACAGCAAGGUGGCCCCUCCGGCCCAUUCUCCGGCCGGUGACAACUUUUCGCUGCCGACGGUCAUGCGCCAGAGGAAACCGAGCACUGGAAGCACAAACUCGGAACGAAGUUCCUUCAGCCAGGACCCGGACUCGCCGAGAAUCGCCAUCGAUGAACGAUACGGGUCCUACGCAGCGGGCUCGUACACCUCUCCGAUCGGGGCCUCCCCCAUCGGAGCGUCGCCCAUUAUGGUGUCGCCAAAGCCAAACGAUGAUAUGGGCAAGCCUGCGUCGCCCUACCCCUUAAACGGAGCCAUCAAAGUGGGCUUCUACCAGGACACCACGACCAAGAGCAGUCCGGACAAGAGCUGCAGCCCCAGGGAGAUGAACUCCCCAUAUCCGCAAUACUCCCAGCACAUCUACUCCUCCGCCUCGUCGCCCAAUGUCUCCACUCCCGAUCUGAGCGGAACUUCUCCGUACGGAGGGGGAAACAGCUACAAUCCCUCCGGCUCGGAAGCGUCAAAGACACCCGCCUACUCCUCCACGUCGCCUCUGCCCAUCUACGAUCAGUACAAGCAGCCGCGAUCCCAGGAGUCGGACUACAACUCCUCGAUGAGUCCGAGCACCCCGAAUCCCCACUCGCCGUACCAGCAGCCGCAGACCUCUCCGUACACCACCCCGCAACAGUCUCAGUCGACGCAGCCUUCGCCCUUCCACAGCCAGUCGCCUUACCACCAGCAGCAGCACUCACCAUAUCAUCCGCCCGCGGCCCAGCAGCAGCAGUCCUCGCAGCAGUCGUCGCACAGUCCGGCCGCCCACCAACAGGCCCACAGUCCCAUGCCGAGCAGUGUGGACUCUCCGGCCUCCUCGGCAGCCACUCAGCCUCCCACUCCGCUGGCCCAGUCUCCGGCGGAGCAGCAGCACUCGCCGUAUCAGCAGCCGGUGCUGUCGCCAUACCAGCAACCUCAGCAACAGCAACAGCAGCAACAAGUUCAGCCUCCGGUGGUGGCUCCAGUUCAACCUGCAUCAGGUUCCGUGCCAUCGACGGCUCUGGGCAACAACGGAUAUGGUACCUCUCACGAGGGCUACCAGCAACAGCAACAUCAGCAGCAGCAACAGCAGCAGCAGCGCUCUCUGUACAAUCCAGCCACUUUGAUUAAUCCCUUGCCAAGCUCUGCAUCUUCCACGGCCUCCAUUACUAAGCCGAACAACGACUGGAGUCUCAGUCGAAGCCUGUUGCCCCCCAGCAUUACGAAUCCUACCAAUCAGGUGCAACAACAGCAACAGACAACUGGGCAACAACAGCAGCAGCCGCAGUUGCAGGCGACCCAACAGCAGCAGUCGCUCUUGCAGACGCCUUCACAACAACAGCAGUUGCAGGCAACACAGCAAGCUCAGCAGCAAUUGCAGACGCCACAACAGCAGCAGCAGCCAUUGCAGGCGCCACAACAGCAGCAGCAGCAAUUGCAGACGCCACAACAGCAGCAGCAACAGCCAAAGAUUCUGCCACAGCAGCAGCAACAAGUGUUGGGGCAUCAACAGGCACAGAAGCCGAAAUACCCAACAUACGCGCAGUACCAGUCGACCAAUGCAGCAGCCAAUGCAGCGGCAGCAGCAGAUGCAGUGGACACCCAGCAGCAACAGCAGCAGCAGCAGCUUCAAAAGAUUGUGCCGCCAAGCUACGGCAGCGACAUGGCCACUUUUAUGCAGCAAAUUCAGCAGCCUCCUAAAACGGAGACAUUGAUCAACCCUCUGAAAAGACCUGGCGAGGAAAUGGGCAUGGACUACAGUGGUAAUUCUGUAAACAAAUUGGCGAAAAUAGAUGAGACUGCAGCUCAGCAGCAACAACAGCAGCAACAACAGCAGCAGCAACAGCAACAGCAACAGCAGCAGCAACAGACCCAUAACCAAACGCAAUCCCUGAUAAACAAACAACAGCAAAUGUUCAACAGUUUCUUGGGUUCCAUGGCAUUCGGGAAGCCUUUGGGCAACAUAGCGCCCGACAAGGCAUUUGAGAUGUACAACAGAGCGGCGGCCAUGGGUUUCCCCAAGGACUUUGGCAAGGAUAACAGUUGCCAGUUGCAGCAGCAACAGCAGCAGCAGCCACAACAACAAACUCCCCAAGCCAGCAGCAACAAGCAACAGGGUAACCAGCAACAGGCGCAGCUGAAUCAGCCGCAUCUGACUCAGCUACAAACGGCCCACAAUCAGAACUAUCAACAGCAGCAGCAGCAGCAGACGCAGGCGCAGAAGUUGACCCUGCAACAGCAACAGCCGCCGCAGCAACACAAUUACCAGCAACAGCAGGCGCAGAUGAACCAUAACUACAACGCCACGCAGCAACAGCAGCCGACAACGGUCGAGAAACCAGCCGCUGCCCAGUCGGCGGGGGCUGCUUCGGGCGGCGAUGCCAACAGCAACAUGAUGCAUCUGCCAUCCACAGCUCACCAGCAUCAUCUCAGCCAGACCCACCAUUUGGCUGCCUACAACAAGCCCACGCCGCCUCCGCCCCAGACCUACAGCAACCCACUGAUGCACAGCCUCACGGAAUCAAUGCUGGGCUAUGCCGGCAACUACUUCGACAAGUCUAUGCCGCCGGCGGCCCACAUGUACAGUGCCUCGAGUGCAGCGGCCACGGCUUACGGCAAUCCAGCGCAGCAGUUGCCGGGUAACUAUGUUCCCGGUAACAACAAUCCCGCGCACCAGCCGCAGCAGCAACAGCAGCAGCCCCAACAACAGCAGCAGCAGCAGCAGCCACAACCGCAAGUUGCGCCUGCCGAAGUCAAAGCUCCGGCAAAAAGAGGAAGGAAAAAGAAGGCAGCAACAAUCCAAGCCGAGGCAGCGGCUGCCGCUGCAAAACAACAGCAGCAGCAGCAACAACAGCAGGCCCAACAGCAGCAACAAGUGGCCACGGCCCAGCAGCAGCAACAACAACAGCAGCAACAACAGCAGCAGCAGCAACAGGCACAGCAACAGCAGCAGCACCAGACCAUGCCGCAGUACAAUUCUGCCACGCAUUCGCAGGCGCUGCACCAAGGAUUCCAACUAUACGCGGGCCUGAAAUCCGGCGGAGUGUCCUCACCAGUGCCCAGCACAGGAGCCACGCCGGCGACAGGUUCGGGCAAUGCCAACCAAACGGCGGCCGAUGCGGCUGCCAUUUCGCUGAAGACUUCCACGGGAAUGGUUCCGGGCAGUGCCUUUAAUUUCGCUCCUACACCAGGAGCCCUGGGAUUGUAUGGGGAUCAAUCGGCAGCGGCGGCAGCCAGUAGCUAUCUGGACCAGUUUAGAGACGCACCCAAUCCUUACUAUAUGCCGCCGGCGCCAGCGCAUAGUGGAGCAGCCCCCAAUCCGGGUGCUAAUCCCAAGGACUCGAGUCAAAACCCACUAAAUACAGCUGCCGGAUCGUAUCCGUUCCUGGCGGCAGCACAUCCUUCCACGCGGGCAGCCGCGGCAGCAGCAGCAUAUCCAUUUGGGGACCCCAACUCGCAGUUGUAUCAGCAGUACUUGCGGCGCGACGACUUCCACUCCCGGAUGAUCUUCAACCAGAGUCUGCUGGGCGGGCCGGCAGCGGCGGCGGCGGCAGCAGCCGGAUACGGGCAACCGCCGCCGCCGCCGUCGGCCUAUCAACGGGCCACGCUGGGCAUGCCCAAGCCGUAUGACAUUAACCGGCAAUCAUGGUUUUAGCAGUACGCCAGUGCCGCCAACGUGGAUCUCCAAGGAGACGAACUGACGGGGGCGGCCACUGGAUCAGUCGGAACAUCGGGAACAGGAGCGUCUUCGACGGCAGCUACACAGCGAUGAGAUUGGGAAUAGGAUCUCUGGGAUUAGAAAGGUUUCAGCCACAGGGGCCGAGUGGUUCCAAAGGGGUUAGCACACGCCUGAAUUUUAUUUUCGUUUUUAAAUAUUUGUUUGGCGGUCUUUUUUAUUUUGUAUUUAAUUCCGCUCGUUGAAGUUCAAAGGGCUUUUAUUUUUUUAUUUGAACGCUAUAUUUAUUAUUUUAUUAAAUCCAAUCCCGGAUCGCUUUCGAAAAUGAAAAUACGAAGGGCAGAAGCCACUUUGCCGAUCGUCCGGAGCGCGAUUUUUAAGUACUGAUAUUUGAUAUUCAUUUGCGAGACUCGAAUUCCACUGCCCAGCCUGGUGCGUCGUCCCUAAUUUUCAUCAUCCGUGAUCCGUAGUACUACGACCACUUCUUUUGUGCAAUGUUUCCUCUUGACUGCAGUUGCGCCCUGGACCUUGGGCACGCCUAAUUAGAAAGUUUUGUUGGUCUAAGUAUGUUUCAUAGAAGUCUUUAGUUGUAAGCCUUCUGUUAAUGACAAUUACUUUUAAUAGAUGUAGUCGAUUAGGCCUCUAAUUUAAUUUAAUUGAACUUAAUUUGUUUUAAAUGCUUAACAAAGGAACGAAGCGAAAUCGAAGCGAAGGAAAGGAAAUGCAGAAAUUCAAAGAAUUGCUCUAAAGCUAACUCCCCAGACUAUAAUUAGACUUUAGUUUUUCCAGAAUUUAACUCGUAGCUGUAGAACGUGUAAAGAACUACGAUUAUUAAUUUUAUUAAUAUUGAUUAUGUAAUACGACUUUAUAGCUAUUAUCGAUUCGUGCUGCGGGCAAUUUGUUGAAAUAUUUAUUAAUCAAACUGAUCGAAGAGAUUCGCAACACAACCUAAACUUAAAUACUACAAAUCGAAGAGAGAAGAUACCUUUAGUUGUAGAACGCCAAGCAGAUGUAUAAACUUUUGUUACAUAUUCUAAGUGGAAAGUACGUCUAUUUAAUAUAAAGUCCCCUCUCCACCCAUCAAGUAAAAAUAAACCGAUUCAACCUAUGUGCAACAUUCCGCCACAUCACCCACACCCCCUCCCAAACAAAAUAUUAAUUGCUGUACAUAAAAAACCGAUAAAAAAAAAAACAGACAGUGAAAACAACUCAAAAAGUGUAGCUUUAAACGGUGUAUAAAUCGGUCGAGGAAAGCAGAACAAUUCAAAAUUAUCAAAUUAAUGAAAAAGUGUCUUAGUCGCCGUUAAAAAGAAGGAAACGCAUAAAACCGAAAUCCCAUAAUAACGAUAAAUAAAUAAAUUCAUAUAUAUAUAUUUAGUGAAAAAAGAAAAACAAAAACAAAAGAACCCGUAUUCGAUUAAGUUGUUAAAGCUUUCGUUUUGCAAACGUACAUAUAUUUAAAAAUUCUUUACGAUAACCUAGUUGAUAAAAAGGAUGAGAUGGAUGAGAUGUGGAGAGAAAGCGGUACCUAGAGCAUAAAGAGCAGCAACAAACAUAUUUAAAGAACCACAAGCUAAAAUAUUAUAUUAAUAACUAAUAUGUAUACAUAAAUUAUAUAUAUACAAACAUAUAUAUUAUAUGCAGUAAGUGCAGCGAGUGCACACAUUAUACAUAAAUCUGUAUGUAUAGGCUACGUCAGCAAAAACCAGAGUAAAUUACAAUAAAGAAUUCUAUUGCAUAUUGUACGAAA